AUGGAGUACUGGCACAACGAUAAGGGCUUCGCAAAGCUUGAAAUGGUUACCCAUUCCUAUCCCCCAAAUAAGUACAAACAUUUGGGACAAUCGGCUUUCGUGGACAUCAACACCGAUGGACUCAUUGAUCACAUUUUGGCCGUUUGUAGCAAUGAAUUGAAUUCAAAUGACAAUGAGUGCAAAGACCCACAAAUACUGGGCUAUCAUUUAGACGACAAACAGUGGAUUCCUAUCUCUGAUAUGAAUAUCGGUAAUCAAUCGGCCCUUACAUUCGCUGAGGUCUCUGUUUUUGGGCAAAAACUUCCCAUAACUUUAAAGCACGGAGAUAUUGAUGGCGACGGGUAUCCCGAUUUGAUUACUGUUAUGAAGGAUAACAAGAAUCAGUUGAAAGCCGUAGUCCUGAAGAACACAAAAGCCGACAAUAAGCUAAAUCGAAAGUUUGUGGUCGACUGGACGAGUGAUAAAGCGUUGGGCACUGAAGUGAACGUAGAAAUCGCUGCUUUUGUCGAUCUCUUCGAAGACGGAAAGAUCGAUAUCUUAAUGACCACUAUAGACAAGAGUGGGAAGCGGUCGGUGGAGGCGGUGCUCAACACUGAGUGGUGGCCGCUGCUGGUCACCAGUGGUCUAUGCUAUGGGUCUAACUGUCCCCGAGGGAACAUCCCGUACGGCACCAACCAAGCGGGUCCUUUCGUGUGCUAUCAGUUGCAGGACUUGGACGGCAAUAUGCAAACCGGUUGCGCCGGACAACUGUCCCAAUCGUCGCACUUUGCCCUUCAGAUGCCAUACUCUGUGUUUGGUUUGGGAGAGACCCCGAACUUUUUGCAGGACUUGGACGGCAAUAUGCAAACCGGUUGUGCCGGACAACUGUCCCAAUCGUCGCACUUUGCCCUUCAGAUGCCAUACUCUGUGUUUGGUUUGGGAGAGACCCCGAACUUUGUUAAGACGAUCACUGCGUCCAUACCUUCGGGAGCGAUGAAACCUCGCGACACCAAAUGGACUCAAAUAGUAUCGGACGCACAGGUGGCGCUCAUCCCUUUCCCUCCCAAUGACACGUCCAGUUGGCGAGAAUUCAUAUAUGCAUAA